AUGGAUGCUAAAAUUCUGCGCACAAUCUCCGAAGCCCAAACAAAGGCACAGCAGCAAAUGUUCACCGAGCUGAUGAAGCGUAUGGAAAGGAUGGUCUCCGCUCCACGCCCAGCCAUUUCAACAGCACUCGUCGCCACGGCUGAAUUCGUCACAAAUUCUCUAUCGACACGCUUACCUGAGUUCGUGUACUAUCCGGACAAUUGUUGUACAUUCGAGGUCUGGUAUAAUCGAUACGAGGACGUCAUCUCAAAGGACGGUGCUACCUUGGAAUUGUUCGAACAUAAUACCUCAGUAUUCGCGAGACGCUACGCCUAUCUCAACACACAGCAAAAUGAGGAAAAUCUCCGCGACUACACCGGAUUGGUCAAUCAGAAUCAGACCAUGGCUGAGUUCAACGACGUCACUCCUAAGCAGAUGAAAUGCCUCGAGCUUCGCGCCAAAGUUCAGCACUUUCUCGACAUUCGUCAGGAUGCCGCAUUCCUCGACGUCAACGUCGUAGAUUCGCAAAAGAGACGAAAUCGUAAACCGCCGUCGCCCUGUUUUCGACGCUCUGGACACGAACGAGGACUCUGCAAGAAUUUCCCGGAGAAGAAGAAGCGGAAUUCGAAGCAGAAGAGGAAAUCUGCCCACAGCGUCACCAUCGCUUCGACUCAUGCUGAUGUCUCUGUAACCUGCAUCUACCGUAGAGUACAGUACAGAUGGGAAGACGGUACGCAUGCGUCUCGAUACUGGAGUAGACGUAACAUUGCUGAGCACGGUAGACUGGACUGGAUUGAUCAACCGAAACUGCAAUCACCCCGUCUGACACUGAAGUCUGCCAACAACGAACCGAUCAACGUUCGAGGAUGCUGCGAAUGCAACCUCAUCAUAUCCUGGUCACCGAGGAUAUGGUACCUGCCACGUAGCAGAUACGCCGUCGCUCAGUCUUCGCUCUUGGACUGGAAUGUUGAAGCAAAGGCCAAACUCGCUUUGGAGCCUGACUCCAAGCCUGCCUUUCUGAAGGCUCGCCUUGUAUCCUAUGCUGCUAUGCCACGAAUUUCAACCGAAAUCGAUCGACUUGUGUCUACACACGUGCUGGAGCCCGUUUAUCACUCUGAAUGGGCAGCACUCAUCGUCGCCGUUCAGAAGAAAAAUGGAUCAAUCCGCCCUUGUGCAGACCACUCAACCGGACUGAGCGCUGCAAUGGAACAAAAUCUACUUCCAAGCCCAGAUGACAUCUUCAUGGAACUCAACGGAGGGCGCUACUUUUCACAGCUCGACUUAGCCGAAGCAUAUCUCCAAUUGGAAGUGAACGACGUGCCAAAGCUGCCACUCACUAUCAACACGCACUGUGGGCUGUACCGCUUCAAUCAUUCAUUCACUUCAUCAUUUGGAGUGAAACCAGCUCCUGAUCCAAGCAUACUCAAGCAAUGUAUGGAUGUUCUUAUCGCUGGAAUAGAUGGAACUGUUGCCUAUCUUGACGACAUAUUGGUUACUGGCAGAACCAUCGAGGAACAGAAUGCUCGACUGGAGUACACAUGGAGCAAUAAAGUGUUCAAGCGGAUUCAAGACUGCGGACUCAGCUUUCGACUAGACAAAUGUGCUUCUAUGCGGACGGAGAUCACCUAUUUUGAAUACGUCUUCAAAGCACAGGGACAAUCCAGAAAAGAUGAAAGCUAUAUAGAAGGUCCGAAGGAUGUCAGUCAACUUCGCUUUUUUCUGGGAAUCAUCAAUUUUUACGGGGACUUCGUCAAAAAUCUCCACAGUCUACGCACUCCUUUGGACACUCUUACGAAAAAGAUGUUGUCUACACAUGGACACCAAAGUGCCAGCUCCCUUCGACAAGGUUGA